AUGGGCCAGCAGGUUGUUAUCCGUUUUCAAGAUGUUGAGCUAUGGGAGAUCAAUCGUGAACAAGUCGAUAGUAUUUUGGUGAAAUACACUGGAACAUCGGAAUACCCUUCCACCAGAAACCUGCCCCCAUUCAUAUUUGGGAUAGACCUGAGUGCAGAGGCUAUCCAAGAGUUGGAACAACUCCAAGGGGUAGUGGUGCAAGUUCAAUCAGAUGAUGAAUAG